AUGGAUACAGCCUCCGAAACUGCGGUUACUUUUAGAAAUAACUCUAAUAGUAUAAAAAGAUGGCGUCCCAGCUCCCUCAUGAACAUAGUGAUUAAAAAUAACAAGCCCGAAUCAGUUCUACAGUCAAUUGAUGUUGAUAAAGAAAUGAAUGAAAAGAAAAUCAGUAGAUCAAAAUCGCUGAACAGUGGUUGGACAACGGCAGUGGCUGUUGUUCUCAUUGAAGCAAAGAAUGUAUCACAUUUGCUUCAAGAUGACAUGACAAAGGGACUGUUUUGCAAAUUACGGUUGGGAAUAGAAUCGUAUAAAUCGAAGUCAUCUUCGAACAGUAUACACCCAGAAUGGCGUGAGAGGUUCAAGAUGCAUUUAUAUCAUGACAACAUUCUCCAUGUGUCGCUAUGGGAUCGAGGGAACCCGAAAAUAUCCAUAGGCAGCUGCGCGGUGGAUUUAGCGAAAUAUCAAAAGGAGCGUACUCAUGACUUAUGGCUGGAGCUUGGAGAGAGUCCUGCAAAAGUCCACCUCUCCAUAACCAUGUGUGCUGUACGGGCGGUGGUUUCAGAUGAAUGUAUAUGCAACUUCAAUAAAUAUAAUGAAACAUAUUCUAUUUCCAACUUGGAUACGAAUUUGAAUGAUGUUGGAGUGCUCCACGUGAAGGUGAUUGGAGCAAGAGGUCUAGGUUCGAAGCCACGUGCGUACUGCACUCUGCAAGUGGACAAUCAAAAAGUGCAAACGCAUCGAGCUGGUACCACUUCAGAGAUCGUCUGGAACCGCUGCUAUUUAUUCAAUAUAAGCGAUGUAUCAUCUACGCUAGAUCUCAAAGUGUAUGAAAGCUCGAUCGCUAAUACGCUUCUCAACGAGUCUAUAGGAAAAGUGUCGAUUCCAUUGUUGAGGGUAGCGAACAAUGAAAAGCGCUGGUAUGCUUUAAAGGACAGGAAUAAGAGGAAUAGUGCGAGGGGCGACCACCCCCGAGUGCUGCUACAGAUGUCGUUGAAGUAUCAUCCAGUAAAGGCUUCGCUGAAAUUAUUUCAAGCCAAGGAAGAGCAACACGUGAAGAAAGGGAUGAAAUUUGAUAUUGGUCUAUUGUAUAGCAACGUCGUGUUUGUCUCUCACGUAUUCCAGGCAUUGCAACAAAUUAACGAAUUUUACAAACGAUUAUUCGAGUGGGACGAUCGUGAAUUUUCAUUAUUUGUUUUAAUUGGAUGGAUUAUCUUCUGCUAUUUUAUACAAAUCUGGAUGAUACCGCUAUCAUUAUUAAUGCCAUUCCUCUGGCAUUGGAUUUGGAAUAGACACCAAGAUAACGUACUUGUUGCACGAGAAUCAUUCAACGAAGAUGACUUGGACAUGAAUAAUAAUAUAAAGGAUGAGAGCGACAAAGGUCUGAUGAGUCGAGUUAAAAUCAAUGAAAUACCGCAAGUUACUAUAACAGUCACAAAAGGAAUUGAAAUGAUUGCUUCCUACGCUGAAAGAGCUCAAAACUUAGUCAGCUUCAAGGUACCAUUUAUUAGCUACGUUGCGAUAUGUCUACUGCUUGGGGCGACUUUUGGUCUUUAUCUUAUACCAUACAGAUACAUCAUGAUGGCUUUUGGUGUAAUGAAAUUCACAAGGAAAUACUUAUAUCCGAAUCGAGUUUUAAACAACGAUUUAUUGUAUUUCUUCUCAAGAAUACCUGAUGACGCAAUAUUGAAAGAUUGGAAGGAGUUACACAUACCGAAACCACAGGAGGAUAAUUCUAGAUAUCAGGCAAGAUCUGUCAGCACCUCAAUUUGA